CCCCGCUGCCGCCGCCAUCCUCUUCUCCCCUUCCUUCGCCUUUUCUCUCUCCCAACUCCAGCAGAGGCACCACCGCCGGCAUUGUUUCUCUGUUCUCCACAUCUCCUACGCCGUUCACCUCUUGCGUCGCCGCUCCCGUCUCUCCCCCUUUGGCUGCUGCAAGAGUCUCUUCCCGCUUUUCCGCGUCGCUGCCGCCAGCGUCUUUUUGCCAUUGUUGGACAAACCUUUGAACCCGUCACUUGACCGGUUCAGUUCUCGCAACCUUACUCUCUCAUCCACUCACACUCACUCUGCAUCUCUGCCUCGCCUCUCAGACCUCCUCGCGGCCACUGCCUCGUCUCCACUGUCCCUCGACAUCGCCUCUCACCACUCGGUUUGUGGCCUCGCCUCUUCCUCUGAGCCUCCGCGUCGUGCCGACUCGCCGUGCCUCCCUCUGUCGCCGUCAGUACGUCACGGUCCCACUGCGUUGCCCCUCCCUUUCCGUGGCCAAUUUACGGUCCAUCUGCAGCCAGCAGAUAUCCACUCUGAUCCGGGUAUUGGGCGAGGAAUUGGUACCCGUCACUCGUCAAGGGUACGGUGUGGGGACUGGGAAGUUAUGCAAAAUGGGGGACGGGGCGGGGACCAUAGUCUCCAUGGCUGAAAGGAGCAAGGAGCUUCUUCACUUGGAGCAAAAGGCCACACCCCUCUCAUCCUUAGAAUCCACACUUCUUGUUUGUAACGGCAAAAGAGAACAAUGCACUCAAACUAAGAUACUUCCCCCUAAUGGCACUCCUCUUACUUCUAUUCCCAAAAGCCAACUUUUAGGGAAGGUUAAAGAUUUCUUAGGAGUGAUGUCAGAAGCAAAUAAGCGGCUGGAACUUGAUGCGAAGGAUCAUCCUGAGAGUUACAAUAUUGAAGAGCUCACUGGAAAUGAAUCCAAAGUUAUUGAAAUGGAUUUGAUGCUUGGUGUUGCGGAUCUUAAUACACCUGAGGCUGUGGCUGCUGCUGAAUCAGCAAUUUCCAGUUGUCAGCCUGCGAUUUCAUUGGCCGCUGAUGGCAAAGACACAGACACAGAUUCAGAUGAAAGCAGUGCUGAAGAUGAUAACGAGGAUGAUGGAAUCAGAAGUGGUGAUGCUGGAAAUGAUGGUAGAAAGCCUUCAUCUCUUGAUGAUAAAAAACGAAAGGGAAAUCAUAAUUCCAAAAAACGAGCAAGGAUAGUCGAGCUUUCAUGAACUCAAUGGUGUGUGGUAACUGGUAAGGGGUUAUGAGAACUAGAUGCAUGAGUUGGCAUAAAUUGUUGUAUGUACUUGCUAAGAUGAUAUCAGCAAGAAUCAAAAUGCAUCUUUUACAUCUAGGGUAGGAAUAUAUUGUUUGAUUUUGGCUUAUGUUUGAGAUCAGACAAUAGCAGCUUCCAUAUGAGUUAAUUUAGUGGUAACUCCUCAAUGAGCUAUACAUGUAUUUAUGCCCUUAAUGACAGGAUUUCGGUGUAGCGAUACUUAAUUGAUUUAUUUUU